UUAUUGGCUUCCCAUCUACAGAUUUUCGAUCUUCUCAAAUUUUAAUAGGGAAAAAAAGAAAAAAAAAAAGAUUUAUUUUCCAUUUUCUCACUUUCCCCGCCAAUUGUCUCCCACAUAAAAAUUCUGUUCCCAAAUCUCUAAUUCUUAGGGCUUUCAGUAUUUUCAAACUGCUCUUGCUCUUACUCAUAGUUACUCUCUCUGCGAAGAAAACCCUAAUUUCGUUGUAAAAGCCCCUGGAUUUCUUCGUAUUUACAGGCUAAGCCACUUGUCCGACCUUCAUACAUGCCCUUACGGUGCCAAUUGGGGACUCACCGGUUGACCAAUCGAUGAGUUAUCAGCAACCCUCCGGCUUUGGUCCCGUGGCCUGGAGCCAACGCGGCAUCGGUCUCACCAAUACUAUACACUCUGAGGUUGCGCCAUGCUUGCCUUUGCCUUCUCUUCCCGUCUUCUGUGGUGCUUCAGACCCCGAGCUCAGUUUGUUCGACGUGCCAAAUCGGAAUAGUUUUUGGGCGUUGGAUCGGAGUGAAGUUCUUGCUCAGUCGGGUAAAAUUGCUGAUCUGCUUCGACAAACUGAUGUUUCUUACUUGAACCUCAGAGAGGACUCCAGAGCAGUUUCAUAUGGUUAUUUGGAACCAUUAAAUCUUCACGAUGAAGUGCUUAGAUUCAAUCCAGAAGCAUUUGACUUAAGUGAUCCAGGUCCUCUCAAGGACCAGAUCUCUGCUGGUACAGUACCUGAGAAGACCUUCGAGCCAGCAUUACCUAUUCCAAGUCAUGAUCAGAGGGGUGUCACAACUCGCAGUCGUCUGUUUAGUGAAGCUCCUGCUCAUGAUGUAUCAAUGUCAUCUUCUAGAAAAACAAGAGCCAAGAAGAAAGUCACUGAGAACACUUCAACAUCAGUUGAACCUGAUCCAACUGAGAUUCAAGAUGCUGUUAUUAGCAGUUUUUGUGAAUUGGUGGAUGACUUCUGUGGCAAAGCUGAAAUAUUUGGAGAUGACCAGGAUGAAGCAGAAUGGUUAUCCUUGCCUCUUUCUGAUAUUAGAGACAUUGUAAAUGAGAUAAUGUCUAUUCGUACAAAGAAACUUCUACAUUUGCUUCCUGUAGAGAGUCUUGUUAGACUUUUGACAGUUUUGGAUCAGCAAAUACAUCGGUCUGAAGGCUUGUCCAUUAAUGAUUACGAACAUUCUGAUUCUGAUGUCUUUUCAUCAAUUUUUUGCGCGCUCGAGUCCAUUCAUGCCGUUCUGGCAGUGAUGGCUCAUAAUGAGAUGCCAAAGCAACUAUAUAAAGAAGAGAUAAUUGAAAGAGUUCUCGAGUUUUCCCGGCAUCAGAUUGCAGAUAUCAUGUGUGCUUAUGAUCCAUCAUACCGUGCUAUUCAUAGACCAAAUGAUAAUGGGACAGUUGAAGCUGAGGAAGAUGAAGAUGACGAUCCUGAGUUUGGCUCAGCAACGAAGAGACGACGUUCUGCUAAGACUGUUAAAGUGAAGAGAUCAGCAGUAAACAAGGUUUCUGCUUCUGUUAAUACCAUGCUUCAAAAGAUGUGCACUAUUCUUGGCUUGCUUAAAGAUUUGUUGAUGAUGGAGAAGUUGUCAGAUAGUUGUAUCUUACAAUUAGUGAAAACAAGCUUUACGACAUUCUUAGUGGACAAUAUUCAGCUCUUGCAACUCAAGGCAAUUGGUUUGCUUAGUGGGAUAUUCUAUUCAUACUCACAACACAGGACUUAUGUGAUAGAUGAAUUACUACAGCUCCUUUGUAAGUUGCCAAUGUCCAAGCGAGCUUUGAGAGCCUAUCACUUACCUGAUGAGGAACAAAAGCAGAUUCAGAUGAUAACUGCUUUACUUAUUCAGUUGGUCCAUUGUAGUUCAAACCUUCCUGAAACAUUAAGGCAGACAUCAAAUGGUAAUCCCAUGUUGGAAUUAUCACUUGAAGCUAACUAUCCAACAAAAUGUCUUGAGGCCGCUACUGAAGCAUGCUGUUUAUUUUGGACUCGUGUACUUCAGCGCCUUGCUAAUUUGAAAGCUCAGGAAGCAUCUGAGUUGAAAUUAAUGAUGGAAAAUCUUGUUACUGAUCUGCUGACAACACUAAACCUUCCAGAAUAUCCUGGUUCUGCGCCUAUUUUAGAGGUCCUUUGCGUAUUACUUCUCCAGAAUGCUGGCCCAAAAUCCAAGGACAUUACUGCACGUUCUAUGGCCAUUGAUAUUCUUGGUACAAUUGCUGCAAGGUUGAAGCGUGAUGCUUUAUUUUGCAGCAAAGAAAAAUUUUGGAUAUUACAGGAGAUUGACAGGAAAGAUGAGACUGAAGAGAAUGAUCAAAAAGAUGAAUGUGCUAUUUGUUUGGAAGGGAAAGUUGAAAGAUUGUUUUUGAUGUGCCAAGACUGCCAAAGAAUGUUUCAUGCUGAUUGCUUGGGAGUAAAAGAAAAUGACAUUUCUAACAGGGGAUGGCAUUGCCAGAUAUGCGUUUGCAGGAAACAACUUCUUGUUUUACAGUCCUACUGCAAGUCACAUUGCAAAAAUGAUGGGAAAAAGGAUAAAAAUCGAACAGAGAAAAAGUCUGACUCUUCUUUUUCUAUUACAGAACCAGAGAUUAUUCAGCAGUUACUUUUAAAUUACCUUCAAGAGGCCAGCUCAGCUGAUGAUGCUCAUCUCUUUGUUCGCUGGUUUUAUCUCUGCUUGUGGUACAAGGAUGAUCCAAAUUCAGAACAGAAGUUAAUGUACUACGUUGCUAGACUAAAGUCAAAUGAAAUAGUGCGAGAUUCUGGCUCUGUUUCGUCAUUAUUGAAAAGAGAUUUAGUCAAGAAGGUUACUUUAGCUUUGGGACAAAACAAUUCUUUCUCCAGAGGGUUUGAUACAAUUCUUAACAUGCUUUUGGUUGGUUUAAGGGAGCAUUCUCCUGUAAUAAGAGCUAAGGCUUUGCGAGCGGUCAGCAUCAUUGUAGAAGCUGAUCCUGAGGUACUACGUGACAAACGUGUACAAUUGGCAGUUGAAGGAAGAUUCUGUGAUUCUGCAAUAUCUGUAAGAGAAGCAGCAUUGGAACUUGUUGGCAGGCAUAUUGCCUCGCAUCCUGAUGUUGGUUUGCAGUAUUUUGACAAGGUUGCAGAAAGAAUCAAAGACACUGGAGUUAGUGUCAGGAAACGAGCUAUCAAAAUCAUUCGUGAUAUGUGUACUUCAAAUCCAAACUUCUCUGAAUUCACCAGAGCUUGCAUUGAGAUCAUUUCACGGGUUGGUGAUGAAGAAUCAAGCAUACAGGACCUUGUUUGCAAGACAUUUUAUGAGUUUUGGUUUGAAGAACCUUCUGGUUCACAAAUGCAAGGCUAUGGAGUUGGAAGUUCUGUUCCAUUGGAGGUGGCCAGAAAAACUGAGCAGAUUGUUGAGAUGAUGAAGAGGAUGCCAAACCAUCAAUAUCUGGUCACUGUCAUUACACGUAACUUAGUGCUUGAUUUUUUUCCUCAGUCAGCUAAAGCAAUUGGUAUCAACCCACAGUCACUUGCAUCAGUUCGUAAGCGCUGUGAGUUAAUGUGCAAGUGCUUAUUGGAAAGAAUAUUACAGGUGGAGGAAAUGAGUGGGCAGGAAAUAGAAAUGCGUGGACUUUCAUAUGUACUGGUUUUGCAUUCAUUUUGCACUGUAGAUCCAACAAUAUGUGCACCAGCUUCAGACCCUUCACAGUUUGUGGUCACUCUUCAGCCUUAUCUUAAGAGUCAUUCUGAUAAUAAAGCGGUGGCAAAGUUAUUGGAGAGCAUAAUCUAUAUCAUUGAUUCUGUGCUCCCUUUACUUCGAAAGUUACCUCAAAGUGUUAUUGAAGAACUAGAGCAAGACUUGAAGCAUAUGAUUGUUCGACAUUCCUUCUUGACUGUUGUCCAUGCUUGCAUCAAGUGCCUAUGUGCUGUGAGUAGAAUUGCUGGAAAAGGUGCUACUGUAGUAGAGUAUCUCAUUCAGGUUUUCUUCAAACGUUUAGAUGCUUUGGCAGUUGAGAACAAGCAGCAGGUGGGCCGGUCUCUUUUCUGUCUUGGAUUGCUCAUUCGAUAUGGCCAUUCUUUGUUGAGUAGCUCCGGUAAUAGAGUGGUUGAUGUAGCACACAGUAUCAACUUAUUUAAAAAGUAUCUUCAUAUGGAUGAUUUUGUGCUAAAGGUUAGAGCGUUGCAGGCAUUAGGCUUUGUUCUAAUUGCAAGGCCUGAAUUCAUGUUGGAAAAAGAUAUUGGGAAAAUGUUAGAGGUGACCCUGUCAUCAAGCUCUGAUGAUCGCAUUAAGAUGCAAUCACUGCAAAAUAUGUAUGAGUAUCUUCUUGAUGCGGAAAGUCAAUUGGGAGCAGAUGCUGUUGACAACAAGACAGUCCAUUACUCUGUAGAAGGUGGUCAAGUGGUACCUGUUGCUGCUGGUGCUGGAGAUACUAAUAUCUGUGGUGGUAUAGUUCAGUUGUAUUGGGAUAACAUAUUAGGAAGAUGUUUGGAUUUUAAUGAACAAAUUCGCCAAACUGCUCUUAAGAUUGUUGAAGUUGUUCUGCGCCAAGGUCUUGUUCAUCCAAUUACGUGUGUUCCAUACCUCAUAGCAUUAGAGACAGAUCCUUUAGAAGUGAACUCAAAGUUGGCUCAUCAUUUACUCAUGAAUAUGAAUGAAAAGUACCCUGCGUUUUUUGAGAGCCGCUUAGGGGAUGGCCUUCAAAUGUCUUUUCUAUUUACACAAUCCAUUAGCUCGAGUUCUGGGCAUGUGAACGCCACCAAACCUUCUAGCAAUGCAAAGGGGAAAACUGAUCCUGCUUCUUUGACUCAAGCAAGGCUAGGAGUUUCUCGUAUCUACAAGCUUAUUCGCGGAAAUCGAAUUUCAAGGAACAAAUUUAUGUCAUCUAUUGUCCGCAAAUUUGAUAAUCCAAAUUGGAGCACUUCUGUAAUACCUUUCUUGAUGCACUGCACAGAAGUUCUAGCCUUGCUACCAUUUACAUUACCUGAUGAACCCCUCUAUUUGAUUUAUGCUAUAAAUCGAGUAAUACAAGUUAGGGCUGGUGCCCUCGAAGCAAAACUGAAAGCUUUGAGUUUGCAUCUUUCACAAAGAGUUGCCUCUCGUGAGAAUGGAAAAGUUAGAGAUGAAUCCAGUGCCCAGCCUAUUAUUCAUAAUGAGAUGGCUUAUAUGAACAUGAGUGAGACAAAUUAUGAAGAGGUAGCAUCUCAUAAUCAUAUGUUUUUAGUGGAUUUGAAUGGUACAGUAAAACCAGAGCCGGAAGAUGGGAAAGUUACCUCAGAUCAGGGUGAAUCUUCUGGCAUAUCAAAAGAAGAGGAGCAGAUGAUCCAGCCGGAUUGUCUGUGCGCUAUUGCCUUGCAGCUUCUUCUGAAGUUAAAGAGACACCUUAAGAUUGUUUAUAGCUUGAAUGAUGCACGUUGUCAGGCUUUUUCUCCAAAUGAACCCCUUAAGGCUGGAGAUGUAUUUUCCAGGCAAAGCAUUCCCUUUAACAUCAGCGACACACGGACAACCUUGCCCACAACCUAUCAAGAAUUAGUAGAAAUUUAUCAGGAUUUCAAAAACGCACUUAAAGAAGAUACUGUUGAUUACUCAACUUACACAGCAAACAUAAAGAGGAAACGCCCAACCCCUAGAAAAGUGAGGAAAGCUGCUGUGCCACUGCCAAUGACCAGAGGAGGAGACGACGAUGAUGAUGAUGACGACGACGACGAUGAUUGGGCUGGUGGAGGUCGAAGGCUGAGUAGUAGUGGGAGGAAAGCCGUUAACACCAGGAGUAGGGUCCGAUUAUAGUUGUAGAUAUAUGACAGCUAGGCUAACCUGUACAGCUUUUAGGUGGAAAGCAAAAAAAGAUAUAGGAGACAGAGCAAAAAAGAAAGAAAUUUGGGAAACAAGAGAGGGAUUUGUUAGAGCAAUGCAAUGCUUUCUCUUUAAUGUUUCCGUCAUUUGUAAUUGGUUUUUGGCAUUAUAGCAAUUGCAUUAUUUUUUUAUAAAAAGUUAAAAUGCAUCUUUUUUUGUUAGAAUUAUAGUUUUUCCUUUGGGAUAACGUCGUGGGGGUAAAUUUUUUGAACUUUCUUCGAUUCCUUGGAACAAAGUUCAGUUGAACUACCUAAUUGGUUUCUGUGUCGUAAAGUCCCACGUCUUAGGGCAUGCUUACAUUUGUAUUUUAUUUUUUAUUUUAUGAGAAGUAGUCCAUGCUUUUUCA